CCAAAAUAGCAAUAGCACACAGAUGGAAACAACCGCAAAGCCCAAACCUAACGGAAGUCCUCACACGUCUCGACACAAUGUGCAACUUUGAACGAAUGGCCAGCCGCCUCCGAAGCGAGGAACAUACAUAUACUAGGCAUUGGCAACGCUGGGUCCAGUUUAGAGGCCAACAAGGGUGCUAA